UGGACGUCGAGCUUUUAGCUUUACUUUAACCUCUGCCCGUAUCCGCAUCCCAUCGCCUGUACAUCCCAAACAACGAGAUUAUGUGCUGACAGCAUUAUUUACCCAUCCACCUCCAUAACGGACGCCAUUACUCUGUGAGACGCUCCCAACUUUCUUUAUCCGACACAUCCGAACCAUCAUGGGUAUCCCAACCGCGGGUGUCAUCGUUAUCGUCAUUGUCGCCUGUCUAGCCGCCGUGUCGCUGGGUGCCGCCAUGUGGAAACAGGUCUAUCCCACCGACCAUGCAGCGCACCGAUACAAUUUCUCUCGCGACCAGGAGCUCUACAUGCGGUCAGUCCGGUUGAAAAAUGUGGGGGGUCUUCGACAAGAGUCGCGCACCAAGGAGCCCACGCCAAGGGAUCUCGAAUCAGCUAUUUAUACGGAAGAUGGCUCGUCGCGGUUUUGAGUCACAUUGACGAUUGCCCUUGGUCCACUUUCAAGGUGGAGUGUAUUAUGUGAUUAUGAUUAUCGCUUCUGCUGCAGCGUUGAAUGGCGUUGGUUCACUUGGAUAUAUCCCGGGCUUGAAGGUCCUCAAGACCUGUUGUUUGUUUAUUUGUUGCUGGGUUUACUUUUUUUUUUUU